AACAUUGCAACAUGUUGGUCACAGGUUCAAAACUUGGAAACAGCCUCUUCUGCGAAGCAGGGGGUUUUUGUGGACAUGAUUCUUAAUGGAUGCAGCCUGAACUCCAAGACAGUUGUGAAACCCAAGAUCUGUAACCCCACUACUCAUAAAUCUUCUGUUACACGCUUCUCUCAAGUGCAUGCUAGGGUUACAUUUCCAAGGAACAAGAGCUUGUGGGCAGGGGCAGCUUGUAAGGACUCUAAGGAAGGGCUGUAUUGCCAUUCAAGAGGAUGGCCCCACCUGCACCUUUCCACUGCAUCAACCCCAUUAUUUAGGGGGGAUUAUGGUAGCCUGUCACACACAUUACCUGUACUACGGAAACGUAGUAUGGUAAGCAGAUCUCGUAUAAGUCCCAGAGCAACCAAAGAUGUACCUUCCAGUUUUCGGUAUCCGCAGAUGACCAAAAAGCCGAGAUGGUGGUGGAGGACAUUAGCUUGCAUCCCCUAUCUCAUGCCUCUCCACGAGACAUGGAUGUAUGCAGAAACUGCUUACUUUCUCCACCCUUUCUUAGAAGACUUUGAAUUCCUUACUUACCCUUUUCUUGGAGCUCUUGGCCGGUUGCCUGCCUGGUUCUUGAUGGCAUAUUUCUUUACUGCUUAUCUCGGGGUGGUGAGGAGGAAAGAAUGGCCACACUUCUUCCGGUUCCAUGUUGUGAUGGGCAUGCUACUUGAGAUCACCCUUCAGGUUAUCGGGACAGUGAGCCGUUGGUUGCCCCUUGCAUUGUAUUGGGGGAAAAUUGGCAGGCACGUUUGGACAGCUAUUGCGUUUGGUUACCUCUUUACUGUGCUCGAGUGCAUGCGGUGUGCUCUGGCAGGCAUGUACGCCGAUGUUCCCUUCGUAUGUGAUGCUGCAUAUAUCCAAAUUCCAUAUGAUUAACCAGGAAAGGAAACACACUUCGCUUCUCUCUCUUAUUUAUGUUGGUUUUUUGGGAUAUCCUAUUUAAGGGAAAAAUUGACGGUUUGGUGUUGUAAAUGCUUUGUUUUAUUUAAUAUUUGGCAUUUUUCCAGUUAAUGGUUUUCUUUGAAUCUUAAAGAUGUUAUUGAUACACUCUUGAUGAUUGAAGGUACAUGGAUAAAUUGUCAAGGAUUUGCCUGGGUUAUCAAGAAGCUUUCUGUCAUUGGUCUUAA